AUGCUUGCCGGUUCAGAAGUCAUACCGUGGGGUAUAUAUAGCCCCAAGAUUCGAGCACUUUUGUACUCGAAACAACAGAUCAAGAGACUGCCGUACGCCCUCAAAAUGAUCAAAUCUUCUAUCCUCGGGGCAUUGGCCCUGCUCAGCUGCGCCCUCCCCAGCAACGCCACACAGAUCUUCCGCAACACCGGCACCCUGGCGGGCUGGGACUUCGUCAACCACGAACACUCCGGUACCGUGCAGGAGGUCAGCAACGUCGCCUAUGAGGGCUCCACCUCCCUCAAGAUGACCCAGGUCUACGACGCGAGCUACACAGGUCGCUACCACUCCGAGGUCGUCAAGUACAACGUGUACAAGCGCGGCGACACGGGGUUCUACGGGUUCGCGUUCCGCCUACAGCAGGACUGGCAGUUCUCCCCGGCGCAGUCGUACAACAUUGCGCAGUUCAUUGCAGACUUCUCCGACACAGGCUGCGACGACUACAUGCCGUCGAGCAUGGUGUGGCUGGUCGGGAACCAGCUCUACUCGCGCGUCAAGCAGGGGACUGUCUGCGCGCAGAAGAUCCAGACGUUUAGUAAUCUUGCCACGGUUUCUGCGGGCGUGUGGCACAAGGUGAUUAUCCAGGCGAGUUGGAAGACGGACGGCACGGGGCUCUAUAAGAUGUGGUUUGAUGGGGUCAAGGUGCUGGAGCAGUAUGAUAUCAACACGACAGUGGAGGACGACCGCGAGUUCCAGUUCCGGGUUGGGCUGUAUGCGAAUGGAUGGCAUGACGAUAAGGGCAUGAAGGGGACGCAGGGGACAAGACAAGUCUGGUAUGAUGAGAUAGCGGCAGGGACGACUUUUGCCGAUGCGGAUCCCGCGCAGUGGUAG